UCUCUCUCUCAUCACAGUUUUCCCCACCUGACAUUUCUCAGCUGGGAUUAAAGGGCUUUGAUUGUCAGCUGAGAUUAUCAUUCCCUCCUUUCUGUCUAUUUAUUAUUCUUAGAAACUCUCCAUUGAAUUUUUUUUUCGAAAAAGAAAUUCCACUCUCGAAAUCUACUUCAAAUCUGGCUGGAAUUAGUUCAUCUGAAGAAGCUCUCUCAGCUUGUGGUGAUGGCUGCACCGCCCAAUAACAAGUUACAAAAUAUGUUGCAGGCGGCGGUGAAAUCCGUUCAAUGGACUUACAGUCUCUACUGGCAAAUAUGUCCUCAAGAAGGGAAAUUAGUGUGGACUGAAGGGUACUACAAUGGAGCAAUCAAAACUAGGAAAACAGUGCAACCAAUGGAGGUUACUGCUGAGGAGGCAUCCUUACAAAGAAGUCAACAACUAAGAGAACUCUACGACUCAUUAUCCGCCGGAGAGACCAACCCACCAGCGCGUCGUCCUUCCGCGUCCUUGUCACCUGAGGACUUGGCGGAGUCGGAGUGGUUUUACUUGAUGUGUGUAUCAUUCUCAUUUCCUCCAGGGGUAGGGUUACCAGGGAAGGCGUAUGCAAGGAGGCAGCACGUAUGGCUUACUGGUGCAAACGAAGUCGACAGUAAAACAUUUUCAAGAGCUAUUCUUGCUAAGCAGAGCGCUCGAAUACAGACUGUUGUAUGCAUUCCUCUUCUUGAUGGUAUUGUAGAGCUCGGCUCCACAGAUAAGGUUCAAGAAGACCUUGCCUUUGUGCAACAUAUCAAAACAUUCUUCAAUGACCAAAACACCCACCACCGCCCCCUUCCUCCCCCACCCAAACCAGCCCUUUCCGGACACUCCACCUCCAAUAAUCCUCCUUCUUAUUCAUCCGACCACCUUCACAGCUUCCACUCUUCGCCACUCCCCGCCUUGUACGCCACCACCGAUCCUCCAGUAAUGGCCAAUCAAGUGGAGGAUGAAGAGGAAGAUGAUGAUGAAGAUGAGGAAGAGGAGGAGGAGGAGGAAUUGGAUUCUGAAAUCCAAACGGAACGUAAUACCAUCGCGGUGCCAGCUCAGAACGUUGAAGCGAUAGCUGAGCCAAGUGAGCUGAUGCAGCUGGAAAUGUCGGAGGAUAUACGGCUUGGCUCGCCUGAUGAUGGUUCCAAUAAUCUGGACUCGGGUUUCAACAUGCUGGGAGGAAAUACUAAUGCGGUGGAUCAACAAGGGCGAGCUGAAUCGUUUAGGGAUGAGUUGACUCGGAGGUGGCAGGUCGUGCAGGACCCUUUGAGCGGUAGCCUUCAACCGCCGCCAAAUUCAGGUACAAACUCUGGUCCCACUUCACUGGAAGAUCAAGUGACCCAAGAAGACACCCACUACUCCCAAACGGUCUCCACCAUCAUCCAAAGCCAACAAAAACGAUGGGCCGAGUCAUACUCUACGGCCUACUUAACUUACUCCACCCAAUCAGCUUUUGCCAAGUGGACAACCCGCUCUGACCACCACCACAUCCUCCACGUCCCCGUGGAGGGCACCUCCCAGUGGCUCCUCAAGUACAUCCUCUUUACCGUCCCUUAUCUUCACACCAAAUACCGCGAAGAGAACUCUCCCAAAUCACGCGAAGGAGACACGCGCUUCCGUAAAGGAACACCGCAGGAGGAGGUCAGCGCCAACCACGUCCUGGCAGAGCGCCGCCGCCGCGAAAAGCUCAAUGAGAGGUUCAUCAUAUUAAGGUCACUGGUCCCAUUCGUGACCAAAAUGGACAAGGCCUCCAUUUUAGGAGACACAAUCGAGUAUGUGAAGCAAUUGCGGAACAAGAUUCAAGAUCUCGAGGCAAGUAACCGUCAGAUGGAGACUGAUCAACGUUCAAGAUCGGGGGAGCCGCAGAGGAGUAGUAGUUUGAAUUUGAAAGAACAGAGAAGCGGAGUGACGGUUGUGGACCGGGCCAGGGUGGGCCUUGGGCCUGGGUCGGAGAAGAAAAAAUUGAGAAUUGUGGAGGGGAGUGGAUCGCCUGCAGUAAUUGAGGCGGGGACAUCGGUGGAGGUUUCGAUUAUAGAGAGCGACGCGUUGUUGGAGCUGCAAUGUGCGCAUAGGGAAGGAUUGUUGCUUGAUAUAAUGCAAUUGUUGAGGGAGCUCCGGAUUGAGACCACAGCAGUACAGUCUUCUUCCAACAAUGGUGUUUUUGUGGCCGAAUUGAGGGCCAGGGUGAAGGAGAGUAUUGUAAACGGGAAGAAGAUUAGCAUUACAGAGGUUAAGAGGGCAAUUAAUCAAAUCAUACCACAGCCAUGACGACUUAUAAGGCAUUUGUAGAGUAGAAGUAAGAACUGUGUACAGAUGUAUUGGUAAUAAUCCUUCAAUUGUAACUGAUACUGUGUGUUUUUUUAAAAAAAAAAAAAACAGGGGUUUGGGGAGGGGGUAGGAUUCGAACCCACAACCUAAUGAGUGGAUGAUUCCUUACAUGUAAUGUGAUUGUCGUUCAACUAAUGGUGAUCCCUUAUAUGUAUGUUGUUAAGUAACAUACAAUUAGUUAAUUCAUUA